UCGGCGGCGGGUCGCAGCAUGAGUCGCCACUUGGACCUGGUGCGGAGCUUCCUGGAGCAGCUGGAGGCUCGGGACCGCCGGGAGGGAGCAAUCCUUGGCCGCGAGUUUAGUGAUAUUAAGGCCCGCUCCGUGGCCUGGAAGACUGAAGGUGUGUGCUCCACUAAGGUCGGCAAUUGGCCUGGGAACAAGAAGAAGAACCGCUACAAAGACGUGGUGCCAUAUGAUGAUACCCGUGUCAUCCUUUCCCUGCUGCAGGAGGAGGGACAUGGAGAUUACAUCAAUGCCAACUUCAUCCGGGGCACAGAUGGAAGUCAUGCCUACAUUGCAACACAAGGACCCCUGCCUCACACUCUGUUGGACUUUUGGCGCCUGGUUUGGGAGUUCGGGAUCACGGUGAUCCUGAUGGCCUGUCAAGAGACAGAGAAUGGACGGAAGAAGUGUGAACGUUACUGGGCCCGGGAGCAGGAGCCACUGCAGACAGGGCCUUUCUGUAUCACCCUGAUGAAGGAGACGCCAGUGAAUACAGACAUCACUCUCAGGACCCUCCAGGUUACAUUCCAGAAGGAAUCCCGCUCUGUGCACCAGCUGCAGUAUAUGUCCUGGCCAGACCACGGGGUUCCCAGCGAUCCCGACCACAUUCUCACCAUGGUGGAGGAGGCCCAUCGCCUCCGAGGAGCUGGCCCUGGACCCCUCUGUGUCCACUGCAGCGCUGGAUGCGGACGAACAGGUGUCCUGUGUGCUGUGGAUUACGUGAGGCAGUUGCUGCUGACCCAGACAAUCCCACCCAAUUUCAACCUCUUCGAUGUGGUCCUCGAGAUGCGGAAACAGCGUCCUGCUGCCGUGCAGACAGAGGAGCAGUACAGGUUCCUGUACCACACCGUGGCCCAGCUAUUCUCCCGUACUCUCCAGAACACCAGCCCCCACCGCCAGAAACUAAAGGAGAACUGUGCCCCAAUUGGAAAGGAUGCCUUGUCCCUCAGGAUCUCCCCAGAGCCGUCUGCCACAUCCCGCCUACCGGGUGUUGUUCUCAGCAGGAGCAUCUCCGUACCCGGAACCCAGACCUGGACCAUGACCGACACAUACGCUGUGGUUCAGAAGCGUGGCGCCCCCGCGGGCGCAGGGCGGGGGACGCGGGUGCCCAGCAGCACCGAUUCCAUAAUCUACAGCCAGGUGACUCCGCGUUCCCAGCGGCCGGUGGCACACACCGAAGACGCGACGGGGACGACGCCACUGGGCCGUGUUCCUGUGGAUCAAAAUCCUCCCGGGCCUGAUGCCUACGAAGAAGUAACAAAUGGAGCGCAGACUGGUGGUCUAGGCUUCAACUUGCGCAUUGGAAGACCCAAAGGACCACGGGACCCUCCAGCGGAGUGGACGCGGGUGUGAGUGCUGUCGCUCAAUAGUGCCUGGACUUCUGCAGCCUUGCUGCUGUGCACUGUGUUAGCAAUGGGACUUGUGGGUCUGCAUCAAAAUAAAAAUUUCUCAGGGCCGAAAAAGUAA